CGUCCUCCUCCACUGAGCCACGUCAUCACAAGUCGCAACAAACAUGGCGACGCGCUGCACCUUCGCGGCUUCUCUGGCUGUGUUAGCGCUCGUUGCGGCGCUUUUAAUUGCACAUUAUACUGCAGGUUCAGGUGUGACGUGCUCGGUUGUGUCUGUGACCGUUGUUACCGCACUAGUGUCGCUGUGGUUGUGGAGUUUGCGGCGGCGGAACGGCGGUACAGACCGGCGGGUGUGUGUGCUUGUGUUGGGGGACAUCGGUCGCAGCCCUCGGAUGCAGUACCACGCUCUGUCCCUCAGCAAGCACGGAUAUAAUGUCACCUUUGUCGGGUUUUUAGAUACCAAACCUCAUCAAGAUGUGCUGAGAGAGGAGAAAAUAAGGAUAGUGCCCAUAAUAGAAGUGAAAGGUGUUCGAGUGGGACCGAAAAUCCUCACAUAUGUGACGAAGGUGAUCCUUCAGUGUCUGCAGCUCCUGCAUGUGCUGCUGAAGAUGGAAACCCAGUCUCACUUACUGAUGCAGAAUCCCCCAGGCCUGCCCAGCAUUGCAGUGGCUUGGCUCGUGUGCGUCCUGCGCGGCUCCAGAUUCGUCAUCGACUGGCACAACUACGGCUACACCGUCAUGGCUCUGAGCCACGGCCAGACACACCCGCUGGUCCGACUGGCAAAGUGGUACGAACACUUCUUCGGCCCUCUGGCCACUCACAACCUGUGUGUUACCAAUGCAAUGAAGAUCGACUUGCAGAAAAACUGGGGCAUCAAGGCGACGACUCUGUACGACAGACCUGCCUCCAUCUUCAGAGAGACGCCACUGAAGCUGCAGCACGAGCUCUUCAUGAGACUGGCCAACGCGUAUCGUCAGUUCCAGAGCAAAGAGUCUGAGGAGGUGGAGGUGGAGAGGACAGUUUUCUCAGUUUGUGACCUCGCUGGGGACACUGUGACGUUGAGGACGGAGCGACCGGCGCUGCUGCUCAGCAGCACCAGCUGGACAGAGGAUGAAGACUUCUCCGUCCUGCUGACGGCUCUUGAAGAGUACGAAGGUUUCAUUGCAGGAGGAGCUUCCUUACCAUCUGUAGUCUGUGUGAUCACAGGUAAAGGUCCCCAGAAGGAACACUACAGGAAGUUGAUUGACUCCCUGCAUUUGGAGCAUGUGAAGAUCUGCACUCCCUGGCUGGAGGCAGAGGACUAUCCGGUCUUGUUAGGUUCAGCAGACCUGGGCGUUUGUCUCCACAAGUCCUCCAGCGGUCUGGAUCUCCCCAUGAAGGUGGUGGACAUGUUCGGCUGCUGCCUGCCCGUCUGUGCCAUCCACUUCAACUGUUUACAUGAGCUGGUGAAGCACGAGGAGAACGGACUGAUCUUCAGAAACUCCCAGGAGCUCGCAGAGCAGCUCAAGUCUCUCCUGUCAGAGUUUCCCGGUUCAGGCGGCAGACUGGGAGUGUUCAGGAGGAACCUCCGCUCCAGCAGAGGGCAGCGCUGGGACGACAACUGGGACCAGAACGUCCUGCCUCUGAUCUCUGCUCCCUGAUGGGAAACCAGAGUAGGACUUAAAAGGAACAAAACGUGUUUUAAUGGGGAUGAACGGCAGAGAAGUCAUGUUAGAAUUUUUG